GAAAUCCUACACCCGUAUGAUAGACGCUACAACCAUCCGCAACCAUUAUUUCAGUAUUCUUCGCAUUUAAAAAUAUUUCCAUUUGCAGAUAUCGCAAAAAUAAUAGUAGAAGGAUGGAAAAGACGCAAUAAGUCUGUUAAUCUGUUUAAAAAAAUACGCAUCGAAAGGCUCGAAAAAAUCAUGACUGCCAUUUUUUAUUUGGUCAUGAGAACUAGUUGUUUAAGAGAGAUUGAAAUCUUCGAUUAUUAUGGUCGGAAUGGCGAACAAUUUAUUUACAAUAUUUCGAAAGUCAUUUCAUUUUCUUCCUAUCAAUACAGAUUCUCACAAUUACGCAAUUUGACAAUACAUAUUAAGAAAAGUUCAUAUCUCAAGGAGUCAUUAAGAAAUUUAUCAAAAUUAUGUAUCAAUCUUCAAAGACUAGAAUAUAGGGUUAAACAAGAUCUAGAUUCUGAAACAGUGGACGCGUUGGCUGAUAUCAUAACCGCACAGUCUAAUCUAAAGAAUUUUUUGAUAGAAACUCAUAUAAAAAACUACCAAAGGAGAUUUAUAAGUCAUUUAGAUUUUCAGAAGGAGUCCCUAACUUCGCUUUCCUUGCACUUUAUCGAUUUCUCAGUCAUUAGUCUGAAUAGCAUUGCGAAGUAUACAAAGCUGGAAUCCAUGGAAAUAUAUAGUUGCUAUGGGGCUACGAAGGGAAACUGUGAGAUGUUUAUGCAAUCGUCAAUUAAACUCAAGAGUUUAACUAUUGACACCUAUCAAUUCGUAAAUGAUACACUUUUAGCUACAUUUAUCGAAAAAGCAGGCAAAAAUUUGUUAAACUUGCACACUGACAGGGUAUCCGAAAAAUUAAUGACGCCAUUGUCUCGAUUCUGUCCAAACAUAUCCAAAUUUUCGUUAUUAGAUAUGUGGCAAGACUGCAGUAUAUUUAUGGAUUACUUAAAAGGGUCCAAUAUAAGCCAAUUAAUCAUUAAAUCUCACUGUAGAUCAGACGAACUAUUAAUUGCUUUGGGAAAGCAUGUUCCUUCCAGUUUAGAAAAAUUAUAUCUUCAUUGUCAUUUUAGACCGGAGUGUCUCGGAAAAUUUCUACUCGACUAUAGUAAAUCAUCACUUAAUACGUUGGAGACUUUAUAUAUUAAGUACAUUGACGGUCAUUCUCUUGAUUACCUUAAGGUAAUUGAGCACUAUGCUCAGUAUAAUGCAUUGAAAACCGUUGUGAUAGAAACUACGGUAGAUAUGUAUGAGGCGUCGGGUUUAAUUCAGAAAAUCAAGAAUAAAGGAAUUAAUAUUCUUUUUUAA